AUGCGGCCCAAAGUGACAAUUGUGUGGUUGGGCUUAAUGUUUCUUCUUUGCCCAGUUCAUGGUCAGGCAGGCAAGGUGAUACCACUCGAAUUAAUAGAAAGUAUAUUUAAAAGUAAACCGAAUUCAACUACCCCAGCAUCGGGUACAAUAGUGACAGAAUCACCUAACGUAGUGAAAAAAUCCUAUAAAGCUUGUGGACUUGACAAAGAAUGUGUUCCACGACAUCUGUGCCUGGAUGGUGUCGUAAGUAAACAUGGUGUGGGUGUGAUUGAUUUUCGACUUGAUGAUGCGGUGUGUACCUACGAUCAAAUAUGCUGUGAUCAAAGCAGAAAGACAACGGUUCCCGUAGUAUCUCCCAAACCGCCCAUAGUACACCAAGGUUGUGGUUGGCGCAACGAAAUCGGCGUUGGUUUCAAAAUUACCGGCGCUUACGAUAAUGAAGCCGAAUUCGCAGAAUUCCCUUGGAUGGUGGCCAUCGUACGCAGCAUGGAUGUUAAUGGGGAAAUUGCAUUUAUGUAUGUCUGUGGUGGUUCACUGAUAGCCAAAAAUGUAGUCUUGACCGGUGCCCAUUGUGUCAUCAAAAUUGAGCCUAACGAGCUCAUUGUCCGUGCCGGUGAAUGGGAUACUAAGAGCGAAAAUGAAAUUUUACCACAUGUCGAUAGGAGGGUACAUGAAAUAAUCCGACAUGAACAAUUCCACAAAGGUGCCGGACACAAUGAUGUGGCUUUACUGAUUCUCAAUGAACCCUUCGAAUGGCAGGAAAAUAUUCGACCCAUCUGCCUACCAGAAUCAAAUAUAAAUGUCGAUAAUCAACGUUGCUAUGCCACCGGUUGGGGUAAAGAUAACUUCAAUAGAGAAGGCCAAUAUCAGACGAUAUUAAAGAAAAUUGAUUUACCCAUUGUUCCGCAUGACCAAUGUGAAGAGAAUUUACGGCAGACUCGUCUUGGAUUGCGUUAUGAACUGCAUGAAAGUUUUAUUUGUGCGGGCGGUGAGAAGGGAAAAGACACCUGCAAAGGUGAUGGAGGAUCACCUUUGGUAUGUCCAUUGCCUGGUACAACAGGUCGGUUUUAUCAGGCCGGCAUUGUGGCAUGGGGUAUCGAGUGUGGUCAGGAAAAUAUUCCUGGUGUUUAUGCAAAUGUCCCGCAUUUACGUUCUUGGAUUUCAGAGAAACUCUCUGCUAAAGGUAUUUCCUAUGAAGAUUUUACACCAUAA